GGAGAUAUACUGCCUAGGCCUUGAGGAAUCAAAAUUCACUCAAAGAACAGACAGGGAGUAAUAUGGCUGGCUUGCUUCUUUAAGAACCUUCCCCCAACCCGGAGGGCUUCCCGCCAAAGCACUUUGGGUUUUCAUUCUGGUCCGCAGACUCUGCGUAUUAAAGGGGCUGCGACAAACUGAAGGUACUUUACUGUUCUCGGGUCUCAAAAUGUCCGGACGUGGUAAGGGUGGAAAGGGUUUGGGGAAGGGGGGCGCCAAGCGUCACCGCAAAGUUUUGCGAGACAACAUCCAGGGCAUCACUAAGCCCGCUAUUCGCCGCCUGGCUCGGCGUGGAGGAGUCAAGCGCAUCUCCGGGCUCAUCUAUGAGGAGACCCGCGGGGUGCUGAAGGUGUUCCUGGAGAAUGUGAUCCGGGAUGCAGUCACCUACACCGAGCACGCCAAGCGCAAAACUAUCACUGCCAUGGACGUGGUCUACGCGCUUAAGCGCCAGGGACGCACCCUCUAUGGCUUCGGCGGCUGAAAGUUUGAUCUUACUUGCUUCCUCGGAGGCCCUUUUUAGGGCCCGCAAGUUUUCGUUGGAAGGGCUGAAAACACAGUUCACAGAACACAAAGAUUUAGCAAUAGCGGCUAAUAUUUUCCCCCAGAACGCUGCGGGGUUAUACUGAGGCAUUGUUUUGCCAAUAAUUCAUCAAAGAUGAGCUACUGAGGUCCCUAACAA